GAGCUCAAGCAGGUCUUCGAGGCGUUUGACACGGGCGGCGAGGCGGACGGGCAGCUCGACCUGCGCGAGCUGGGCGAGCUGAUGAAGUCGAUGGGCACCAGCCUCGAGAAGGCGGAGCUGCUGCAGCUGGUCGAGGAGCUCGACUCGAACGGCGACGGCGCCGUCUCGUUCGUCGAGUUCGCCUCGCACAUGCUCACCGACGAGGAGGACGAGUCGGCCGAGGAGGUGGCGGAGGCGAUCUUUGACAUGAUGGACGCGGACGGCUCGGGCAACCUCACGAUGGCCGAGAUCAAGGCGGCCUUCGCCUCGCUCCACACGGGCCUCUCGGACGACGACAUCAGCGAGAUCGUGUCGCGGAUGGACGCGGACGACUCCGGCGACGUCGACCGCGCCGAGUUUGUGCAGCUGCUC